CAACUGAGGACAGAUAAGAGAAGAGAAGAAGAGGAGGCAACAGAAGGGAAGAAGAGAGGAGAAAACACGGAGAUAAGUUGUAAAAUAUUCUUUAACGGUGGGAGUUUUGGAUGGAUGAAUGAUCUCACGGGAAUCAUGAAGAGACAUGUGCAAGUGUACAUACUUUCACGCACGUAAACCCACAUACUUUUAAAAGCACCAGGACGAUGCAUGGCCUUUGCUUUGAAGGACGGUGGGGAUGGACACAUGUCCUUUUUGUCAUCUGGCUUUCACUGCUAGCAGCUGCUCCAACCAAAGCAUUUGGCUAUUUCCUGGGGGACACAAAGGCAGUGUUAAAUGGCUGUAAGGACCACUGGACCCUGCAGGACAGGGCCGCCAUGCCGUUGCUCUUUCAGAUGACUUUGUGUGUGGACAUCCGUGUGGUCGUCCCCGGAGCCUGGGUGGCCUUCUCUUACAGCUCGGUCCACGCACCCAGACCUGAGCUGGGUCUGGAGGGGGAUGAAGAUGCACUGUAUGCAUGGUUGCUAAGGGUCCGACACCGAUUUCCCAUCCGGCUGUCCCCAAAACACUGGCAUCGAGUAUGUCUGAGGAGAGACGUGCAACACAACUCAUUUAGCCUGGAGGUUGAUGGGAAAAUGGUGGCACAGAGGACAGUCAUCGCUCAGGCCAUCCCCCCUGCCGGCUCCAUGUGGCUGGGCUGCCGUCCCAGAGACCAGCCCCCAGGAGACACGCUGGGGGAAGUGGAGUUGUACCUGUUCCGCAUGUGGGGAGACCUGGGUAACCAUGGUCUCUGUGAAGACGGGUCUGUGAUUGGCUGGAACGCUCACUACUGGGGUGUGACCAGUCCCAGAGCCAGACAGAGAGACCCCAACCUUCUGUGUGACCACAGAUGGUUAAGGCGUGGGGCACGUGUUUUCAGAAGGUCGUUAAAUGCACCAACAACUGGAGUUGGAAGGUUCUUCUCACCACCACCUGUGCCUUACCCUACAUCUACCUUGAGUCCUGUCAUAGCAACGCCUGUCUCUCAUGUGAGCAACCACACUUCUAAGAUCACAGAUUCACCAACAACAGACUGGACACCAUCUCACGCCACAGUCCUGCCCUACACUACUGUUCCUGCGUCCGACACACGCUCGGCCAAUCAGAUGUCAACCAGCACCCAAAAGACUCCAAUCACAACUCCGGUUGACCAAACCCCAGCUGGAAGAACAUCUGGGUCCUCAUUAGUAAAUUGUGACAUCAGCCAACUCUGCUCCAAUGACAGUGCUUACUUUUGGAUGACUAUAAAUGUGACUGCCAAGAGCAUCAGUAAGACUGAACAAGAUGUUCACAACUUGGUGUCAAAUGCAUUCAGUUGCCCCACUAAUAGAAGUGAUACAGCACAGCGAGUAACAGACUUUAUAGAUUUCUGUCAAGGUGACAAAUUCAUUCAGACAGUACAGGUAAACUGCAGUGCAAAAAGUGACAUAAGACAAACAACCUGCGAUGUGCUGCUGCAGCUCAGCCGCGCUGUUUCAGCAUGUGAACUGCAGCGUGCUGGAGACUCUGCACUGCAGCAAGCUGCUGACACACAAAUAGAAGUGAGAAUCACAGGAGAGGUGGAGAGAGUCGGUCGGGGUAUUUGUGGGGAUGUGGAGCCCUCGAGUGGCAGGUUUGUGAGGUGUACAUCCACUUCUUCACUGGAUGAUAUUUGUCAAGCUAACACAAACCCCAAGCUGACAUGUUCCUUCUUAGAACCCAACUCAUACCAAGCUCUACAACCUGAUAAAGAAUUUGGCUGCAGUGAAUAUCACCGUGAAACGCCUAGCUUUUGUGACUGCACUGCUUUCUGCAAUUCUUCAAGACAGUUUUUUGCCAUUAGAAUAAAUAUUCACAGUGCCUCUGUUAAUGUUAACCUCCUAAAAACAUGGUUGGCUGGACUUGCCCGCAUGUGUCUGUCAAUGUCAGCGUCAGAGUGCCAAGAUAUUUUAGAGCGCUACCAGCAAGCUCAUCUGGAAUGCCACGGGACAGAACAGAGGUUGUACAGCUGCAUGGUGAUACUGGAGAUGUCUGGACCUGUCAAUGGUUGUUUCCUGAAAAAACUUCUGAAGGAAAUUAUUGACAGAAACAAUGAUAUAACAAAUGAAAAGCCACUUACACGCAUGGUGGUUUGUGGUCCUCCUGGUUUGGCAAUCCGUACUCUGUUGGGGUCCAACCUGACCUGGGUUGAAAGUGACCUGCUGAUGUCAGACGUCUGCCAACCUGACCCCACUCUGCUUAAAUGUGAGGGAAAGGAGAGCCUUGCUGUACUUCUGACUGACAGCUGCCCUCUGGAAACCAUGCAAAGCACAACUAUGCCUUCCACUCCGAACAACAACAUUCUCUCUACAUCUUCUGAAGCUUUUACAUCAUCUGUGACCAACCCUACUAAACAAACUAACACUAUUGUAACAUCUCAACAGACAAAUGCCUCACAAGGGACAGCUCAUCCUAACAUAAUUAUUUCCCUCACAACAAACAACAGAACACAGUCCUCAACAGAACAGCCCGUCCUAAGAACGACCUUACAAAACAUGACUUUCAGUACAGCAGCACAAAAAAAAACACCAACUGACCAAACAAAACUGCAAAACACAACCACAGCAGACCAAGGCACAACAGAAUUCAUACCAUUAUCUUCUGUUAACUCAACAUUACAAUUCACCACAGCAGCCCCUAUUGUUUCAACACUUUACACAGCUACAUUGUCUCCAAAUCAAACCACAGAGUUCAAACUAACAACAGUUGAUACAGUUACAGCCACUGCUAAUAACACAACAGUGUACAAUGUAACUCCAACAAGCACAUUUACACCUUCUACCAAUUACACAACAAUGUCCAAUGUAACUACAUUUACAACUUCUAACAAUCACACAACAAAGUACAAUGCAACUGUAGUUUUAGCCUUUGCCAAUCACACAACAAAGUAUAAUGUUACAACAGUUACACCUUCUAAAAAUCACACAACAGAGUACAGUGUUACAACAGUUAAACCUUCUACCAACCACUCAACAGAUUACAAUGCAAUUACAGUUACUCCUUCUACCAACCACACAACAGAGUACAAUGUAACUAGAGUUACUCCCUCUUACGAUCACACAACAGAUUACAAUGAAACUAUAGUAACACCUUCUACCAACCACUCAACAGAUUACAAUGCAAUAACAGUUACAACUUCUGACAAUCACACAACAGAGAACAUUGUGACUACAGUUACUCCUGUUACCAACCACACAGAGAACAAUGUGACUACCGUUACUCAUUCAACAAACCACACAUCAGUGUACAAUGUAACUAAAGUUACUCCUUUGUCCAACCACACAACAGAAUACAAUGCUACUACAUUUAUACCUUCUACCAACCACUCAACAGAUUACAAUGCAAUUACAGUUACAACUUCUAACAAUCACACAAAAGAGUACAAUGUAACUAGAGUUACUCCUUCUACCAACCACACAACAGAGUACAAUGUAACUACAGUUACUCCUUCUACCAACCACACAACAGAGUACAAUGUAACUAGAGUUACUCCAUCUACAGAUUACAAUGCAACUACAGUUACUCCCUUUUACGAUCACACAACAGAUUACAAUGAAACUAUAGUAACACCUUCUACCAACCACUCAACAGAUUACAAUGCAAUAACAGUUACACCUUCUGACAAUCACACAACAGAGAACAUUGUGACUACAGUUACUCCUGUUACCAACCACACAGAGAACAAUGUGACUACCGUUACUCAUUCAACAAACCACACAACAGAGAACAAUGUGACUACAGUUACUCAUUCUACAAACCACACAUCAGUGUACAAUGUAACUAAAGUUACUUCUUUGUCCAACCACACAACAGAAUACAAUGCUACUACAUUUAUACCUUCUACCAACCACUCAACAGAUUACAAUGCAAUUACAGUUACAACUUCUAACAAUCACACAAAAGAGUACAAUGUAACUACAGUUACUCCUUCUACCAACCACACAACAGAGUACAAUGUAACUAGAGUUACUCCAUCUACAGAUUACAAUGCAACUACAGUUACUCCCUUAUACGAUCACACAACAGAUUACAAUGAAACUAUAGUAACACCUUCUACCAACCACUCAACAGAUUACAAUGCAAUAACAGUUACACCUUCUGACCAUCACACAACAGAGAACAUUGUGACUACAGUUGCUCCUGUUACCAACCACACAGAGAACAAUGUGACUACCGUUACUCAUUCAACAAACCACACAACAGAGAACAAUGUGACUACAGUUACUCAUUCUACAAACCACACAUCAGUGUACAAUGUAACUAAAGUUACUCCUUUGUCCAACCACACAACAGAAUACAAUGCUACUACAUUUAUACCUUCUACCAACCACUCAACAGAUUACAAUGCAAUUACAGUUCCAACUUCUAACAAUCACACAAAAGAGUCCAAUGUAACUAGAGUUACUCCAUCUACAGAUUACAAUGCAACUACAGUUACUCCCUCUUACGAUCACACAACAGAUUACAAUGAAACUAUAGUUACACCCUCUACCAACCACUCAACAGAUUACAAUGCAAUUUCAGUUACAACUUCUAACAAUCACACAACAAAGUACAAUGUAACUACAGUUACUCAUUCUACCAACCACACAUUAGAGAACAAUGCAACUACAGUUACUCCUUCUACCAACCACAUAACAGAUUACAAUGAAACUGCAGUUAGUCUUUCUACCAACCACACAACAAAGUACAAUGCAACUACAGUUACAUCUACAAUUAACCACACAACAGAUUACAAUGCAACUACAUUUACAAUUUAUACCAAUCCUACCACAGAGAACAAUGUUACUAGAGUUACACCUUUUAACAAUCACACAACAGAGCACAAUGUAUCUACAAUUGGCAGCUACAGAAAAGACAACAGUACAUUUACAACAAAGAACACAACAUUUAGCACAUUCACAGCCUCUCCCAACCACACUGUAGUGAUUAAUGUAACUGCAGCUACCAACAAUCACACAACAGUCUCAAACAAUUAUACAAAACAGUAUAACCUAACUACAGCUGAUGCCAAUUGGGACUUACACAAUAGUACAUUUACAACAAGUAAUGCAACAAUAAACACAUUUACAGCAUCUCCCAAUUACACAACUGAAAAAAAUGUAACUACAGUCUCUAACAAUUACACAAAGAAUAUAACUACUACGACUGAAUCUCAAAACAAAACAGCAACAGACAAUGUAACCACUGCAUCUAUCAUUGAAACACAACAGACCACAACUGCUCCCACUGCUCAACAACUUAAUGUAACUCUCAAUGGUGAUAUAACUUCGACAAAAUACUCAACUGUGGACAAUCUGAUGUCUGUUGUUGACAACAUAACUAAACCUACAGCAGAUCCACUUAACAACCAGACUAAAAAUCCCACCACAUCUAGAGUUAGACCCUACACCACAUCAACCAACAAAAAUGAUACCUUCACCACAGUGGCCAAUGCUGUCAAUACCAUCAUCAAUCACAAUCAAACUGCAGUAACAAGAUUCAACCAGAGUACCACAGUAGGCAGUCCAACCAAUUACUUUAACCUGACCACUAAAGAAGAAGUUCAUUUGAAAACUACAAAGUCAACCACACCAACUAAGCAUGGUACACAUCCGUCCUGGAAAAACACUACUACUGCAAAGGUUUCCUUGACUUCCUCUACAACAACUUUCCAGAUCAACACCCUCCCCAUAAAAACCACAACGUUACCUGAGACAACUACAAGUCAAGAGGCACAGGAGGAACUAGCAAACGAGCUGCUGAAUCAAGCACAAAAUGCCUCUCAGCUGAACUCUUCUCAGGUUGCACAGUUGGUUGGGAACUUGGAGAGGCUUCUGGAUGGCUCCUCUGUCUCUAGGGCAGUGGGACAAAAGGUCAUCAACGUUGUCAGCAACCUGAUGGAGGGCAACUCAGUGGCCCUCUCUGCAUCUGUGAACAGGCUGGUUCAAGUGGUAGAAGAUGUAGGUCUUAAGUUGAUUGUCCCUGGUGACAGAGAGAUCCUUUCCUCGGGUUCAGUGGUUCUAGCAGUGAGGAGUAUCGAUGGGACCAACUUUCCACAAACAUCUUUUAACAUUUUCAACACUGAUAAUGUUCAGCUCCGUGCACUCAGCAGAUCCAGGUCCAAAAGGUCAGGUUCUGCUCUUGGGUCUGUUUCUUUGCCCUCCUCCCUCACCGCGGGUCUCAGUCCUGAAGACCAGCAGCUGGCAAACAGGGUCCAGUUCACCUUUUACACCAAACCUUCCCUAUUCCAGGAUGAUGCAUUAAACAACCAAACCCUUGUCAGUCCAGUCCUGGCUGCCAGUGUGACUAAUCUGUCAAUCAGCAAUUUGGCUGAGAACAUUCAGUUUACUAUCCGAAAUGUCAACCCGAUAGAUGGAAACUACUCAGCCUCCUGUGCAUUUUGGGACUUCACUCAGAAUGGCGGAGGAGGCUGGAGCUCUGCUGGCUGCUUUGUUGUCAAUAAUACUUUGGAAGAAACAACCUGCAGCUGCAACCAUCUAACUAGUUUUGCAAUUCUGCUGGAUUUGUCCAGAGAAGGAACUAUUGAUCGUCAGCAGGCACAAAUUCUUACAUUCAUCACCUACAUCGGCUGUGGAAUCUCUGCCAUUUUCCUCGCACUCACUUUACUGACUUAUCUUUUAUUUGAAAAACUGAUGCGGGAUAUUCCUGCCAAGAUCCUGGUUCAACUCUGCCUCUCCCUCCUCUUCCUCAACCUUGUCUUCUUGCUGGACGGCUGGCUGGCACUGUACCCAGCGGUUGGGCUGUGCAUUAGCACUGCCUUCUUCCUGCACUACUUCCUGCUUACAUCAUUUACCUGGGCGGGGCUUGAGGCCCUGCACAUGUACCUGAGCAUCGUCCGAGUGUUCACUCCCUACCUCAGCAGAUACAUGCUUAAGUUCUCACUGAUAGGCUGGGGCAUCCCUCUUCUUGUGGUGAUUGUUGUAAUAUCAGUGGACAAAGACAACUAUGGUGUGGUCACAUAUGGAAAAUACACAGAUGGCACUUCAGACGACUUCUGUUGGCUGCGUAAUGACAUCGCCUUCUAUGUGGGAGUGGUAGCCUACUUCCUCCUGAUCUUUGCUCUGUGCCUGCUGGUCUUCAUUAUUGUUAUGGUCCAGCUGUCCCGGAUCAAGAAGCAGAACCCCCAGAACCAGCCUCCAAACAGGGGGGUGAUGACAGAUCUGCGCAGCAUUGCUGGUCUAAUCGUGCUGCUCGGCCUCACCUGGGGGUUUGCUCUGUUUGCCUGGGGACCCCUUUACUUACCCUUUGUUUACCUUUUCACCAUAUUCAACUCUCUGCAAGGAUUUCUUGUCUUUAUUUUCCACUGUGCUGUGAAGGAGAAUGUCCGUAGGCAGUGGAGAACAUAUCUUUGCUGUGGGAAACUGCGUUUGGCUGAGAAUUCAGACUGGAGUCGGACAGCCACCCAGAACAGGAGGAAUCUUUCGGUUGCCACAGCAACCACCUCAGCUCCCCACUUAACCUCUCGAAGCUCUUCCGUCAUCAGUGAUAGCACCAAUAGCAAUGGGUCUGUGUUUGCGGACAGCGGAAUAUCUGACAGCUCCAACAGCGACGCCAUCCUCAACGAGAUUCACAGACUAAAUAUUUCACUGUAAGGAGAGACCUGACAAAUGUGUCAAGCAUCCAUUUGUGAUUCAAAUAUUUAUUUUCUUUGAGAGAACCACGGAUGCGGACUGUGAUAAUUCUCCUGCAGCGUAAGAGUAAGAGUAAACAAAAAGAAAACUAAUCACAGGAGUGGUUGCUCACAGAAAUACCCAAUAUUCCGGUUUUACAGGUGUAAUGAAGGACAGAAGAAGUGGGACUGAAGAACUUUCGCGAGGAGUAUGAUUAUUUCUUUUUUCUACAUCAAGAGUAGAAUAUAUGAAGUGUACAGUAGCUGUGCUUCUGACUGAAUAAAAUCAUUAUUUCACUGUAACAGCCAACUUAGUCUGCACACCGUAGCUUGUUCUAAGCUCUUAUUACUGUUUGCAUAAAGCAGAUUAUAUCAAUACCUUUUACCAUCUUUGUAAUAUUUACAUUUAAACACACAUGAAUCAUAGGCUGAAAUGGAAUAGGAAAUUCAAAAUCCAAAAUGUAUUUUUUUACUUUUCAGCCAUUAUUAAAGAAAGGAGUCUAAUCACCCAAAAAUGUCAUUUA